GUAAUGAAUGCCAUCGCCUGGAGUAGCCACCUGGACGAGGCCUUCAUGAGGAACGCCCAACAACACGCCAGACUCAAGUGGCAGUACUUCUGUGGUGUCGAUGGUCAUCUCAGGAUAUUUCCCGGUGUGCAGUGGAAGGCAGCUGACUCAUCAGAGGCGGUGGCAGAUUUAUUUGACUGCAGACUUCAAGAGUGGUACGUGAAGGCAGCAACGUCGGCGAAGGACGUGAUCAUUCUGUUGGACAUCAGCGGCAGCAUGAAGGGACUCAACAUCGAGAUCGCCAAGACCACCAUCUCCAGAAUUCUUCAGACCAUCACUGCCGAUGACUACUUCAAUGUG